AGUGGUUUGUUCCGUUACCAGUGGUUCUGUUUGUGGACUGAGCUGUCAGACGACCGUGUCGUGUUUAAGAUAGAUAUCUGAGCUGUUGAAGUAACAAUGUCUUCAGCUGAGAGUUUGAGAGAGUUGAUCAUCGAGCGACUAACUGCUGCUGCUGAAGAAAUAUUCGGACUCUUUGAAAGAACUGUCGUCCAGUACGAGGAAGAGAUCGAUCGACAGCGUAGACUGCUGGAUAUCACCUGGAAACCUGAGAUAAAGUUACACAGAAUAGACCUCCCACAGCAACAUGUCUACACAGAGGAGGAGGUUCUUACUGAGCAGCAGCUCUGUGACCAGGAGAGGAACUCCAGUCUGGACCAGGAGGAACCAGAACCUCCACAGAUUAAAGAGGAACAGGAGGAACUCUGUAGCAUUCAGCAGGAAGAACAUCUUAUAUUGAACCAGGAGACUGAUCCCUUGAUGGAGACUCCUACUGAUCAGGAAAGUCAGCACAGUGAACCAGAACCAAACAAUGACCACUUCCUCUCUCACAACUCUCUUGUAGCUGAGAGACCAGAUCAGGAAGGAAUCAACCAGGUAGUCGUGGGAUCAACUAGAAAUGCAGAGCUGAAUGUAAAGAAGAGACACCACAGAGACACGAGGCAUAGAAACAAUGUAGACAAGUCUCCAAAGUCACAGAGUCAGUGUGAUACUGAUACAGGUAAAAAGUCUGUAACAUGGGACGUCUCUGGAACCGACACUCACUCAUUUCAGUCAUCUUUCUGUUGCAACACAUGUGGUGAAAGUUUCACCCAGAAGAGUCGUUUGAUUUUUCACACCAGGAUUCACACAGAAACAACGUCAUGCAAAAACAAGCCACUCACCUUAAACAUAAAAAUAUCAAACUCGGACAUUAAACAGAUGGAAGGAGAUAUCUCACUCUUCUUGGGACGGCAGACCAACUUAGUCUGUUAACCUAAAGGUUGUGGCAGGAGCCACAGGACAAGGAGAAGACGAGACAACCACAUUGUGUUUUAAUGGUGAGAACUGAAAUAACAUGGCUAACAAAUCAACUCUUCCAGAGACUCUAGUAUCAUCUACUAAAACUGAAACUUGAAAUAUAUCGGUGACUUUACUGCAUGUCAAUCUGUGUUAUUUAAUCUGGUUUUGACCAGUGUUAGACUGCACAUUCAAUUUGAGGCUGGUAAGCUGUGCUGUGGACAUGUGGUGAAUCUUCUGGAAGCGAAGAUAUAAACAUUUACAGGAAGGACAAUAUUUCUCACAGUGAUGUAAAAGUGAAGCAUACUCUGGAUGAUCUGUGAAGUUUCUUUUUGACGUAUCAUCAUUACUACUUAAAACACUGCUUUGUGUCAA